CAAAAUUCCAUCACUGAAAACAUAAAUAGAAAUUCGGAAGUGUAAUGGAUAAGUCUUUCAAUAUUCAUUUAUGUUUAACAAUUUUGUUUUCUUUCAAAGCUCAGGUUUCAUUAACAGAAAACAAAGAACAUGCAGUUGAUAUUAACUUGGGCUGUUUUCCUCACGUUUGUUUUUACAGAUGAACUUGUUGACCACACAGAAUCCCAGCGGGACGCAAACCUAUGCUUAAUUAUUUACUGCAAUAAACACAUAUAUACCAGUCUGCAUUUGGUUAAACAGGAAAAAGUCAUAUGGUUCAAGGAUUAAGCAUAAUGGUCAACGCAGGAAGCAAUUUCGCGUUUGGAGAGGACGUUCCUGUAACCUGCCACAACGACGUCAACGGAAUAGUUAUCCAGUUUGCCUUCGUAAAUUCUACUGAUUACGAAAAUAUAGCAGAAUGCCAGUUUGAUGUUGAGCCCCAGCUUAUGUCAUCAAGAUUAAAAGAACAGUACACUGUGACUCAAUCAUGUGUUCUGAAUAUAAGACAAUUCGAUGAGCUCGACUGUGGAACAUAUCGUUGUGCAGUGUUGUUCAAUAAAACACAAUCUGUUAGUCAGGAGGUUUUGUGCACUAAUGGUUCUGCUCAUGUUGCGCCGGCUUUGAACAAUGAUGAAGAGCAUACUAAAACGGAAGUAAAGGAUUGUAUAAUAAUAAGUAUAAGUCUUGGCUCAGUACUGUUCUUCACAUGGGUGGGUGUUUGUGUCUGGAUUAUACGCAUGAAAUGCAAGAACAAAGGCGAUAGUUCAGAUACAGUUACACCUGAAGAACUUAUGCGUCUUGAUGAAAAGGACACGUCGUAUCAAGACACAACGCCUAAAACGAAAUAUCCUGAUAUACGCAGAGAACUUUCGUUUAAGCCUGAAAAGGGGAGUGUAGAAAAACUCAAGAAGAAAUACUGUUUGAAGAAUAAUUUCGAAGACAAUGAAACAACAUGUUGAUAUUGUGUCUUCAGUCCAUCCAUUGUCUAUUGAAGCAUUUUUGUAUAUCUAUAAGUAAGCUGUAUGUGUUGUAACAAUUACUUACACAACGCUGGUAAUAAUGCAAAAUUGUAAAAUAAUUAAUCCAUAAGAACAUUUUUUGAAUUAACGGCUUGUUCAUCUGAAAGAAAACGGAAAAAAACAGUGCAGUUAAAGAAAAGACAUAAUUAAUUGUCCAGUACAUAAUAGAUAUUCGUAUUAUCCUAACCAUGUUAUUACGUCCGGAUAGAAGAAUCAUAGAAAAUAAAACGAAGCCAAACAACAAGUACGCAUAUGCCAAUUAAUUGAUGACUUAUUGAAAUGAUCUUCACAUCGUUACGGUUGAUUAUAAAGGAUUCAAUAAUUAACUGUUCGUCAACGUCUGACAUGGACUCCCACCAAUCCACGUCUGAAAAGUAUAUGCGAAAUACCAGCAUCUAAAUUAUGGUAAACCACGUUGUAAUAUUUUACGCGUAGUCGUGUAAACACGUUCUUUAGAUUUAUGAUGCAAUAAAUGAGUGCAGUUCUAUGUAAAAGUAUUGUUUGUUGUAAGUGUAUGUCAUUAGACGAGAUGCGCUACAAUUAAAUAUACAUACGUUAUUCUUUUUAGAAAACUAUUUACGUUUAUUGCGAUGACAUAUAAUGCUAUGCUUUUAUUUUCUUUUGAAUUGUUUAAUUUUAUAAUUCAAAUUGUCUACUAUUAUAGUAAUAAA